GGCGUGCCCCUGGGCCUGUCGGUGGGACCCCGGGCACCCCUCGCUUCCCCUUCUCUCCCUGUCAACACUUAGGGUGGCGUCAGCAUUCUUUCGAACACUCAAACACACGCACAUACACACACACACAUACAGAAACCACAUUCGUAACUAUUAUUCUUAACCUAUAAUAUUGCUGAGAAUUUGGGAGGGAAAAAACUUGUGUGCCUGUGUGAGUGUUGUUAUCAAGAUUUCCCCCUCUGUCUAGAUUAGCACAUAAGGGCGCUCCCCACGUGCGCGGCUGAGCAGAUACAGACUUGAGUGAUAACAAAUUGACAAUAUCAGUCACCUGACACCCUCUGCUGGCCGGCUAAUUCACACCUCUUCCCUCUCCCCCCACCCUUAUAGAUAAACUAGAUACAUCGUUUCGCCCUCCUCCCUCCCCUCUGCUUUGUAGAUAGCAGAUACCCGUAGUUUCGCUAGCUCCUCCUUAGUCCCACCCACUUCCAAUGUCUUUAGCCAUACAUAUGCCUAGCAAUGUGUUUUGGUGUGUCACCCUUUGACCCUUAACCAUUCAUUAAUUAGUAAAUAUGCAUCGUUUCGCCCUCUUCCCUCCCCAACACAAACAAAAACGAAGCCCACCAUAGCGUUCACUGAGGUGUCUACUAUCUGUUGAACAUAAAAAUAAAGACAUAUGACCAUAGAAAACGGGUGAAAACAUGAGUUAAUUGAGUGCGUAGUGGGAGCGCGCGCGACAAGUUUCAGCUUGUCCACUGGGUGGGGCGAGGGGGUUAAUCCCACCCACAUUCAAUAUCUGCAGCCAUACAUAUGCCUAACAAUGUGUUUGGGUGUGUCACCCUUUGACCCUUAACCAUUCACUGUCUAUAAUUAUUUGUUUAUGGGCAUGUCCUUUCUCUUUUCGUACCUCCUCCUGUCUCUCCUUGGCCCUUGCCCUACAUAUAGGCAUGAGGCACUGGGCAGAUUAUUCUCAAAGCAAGCAAGAAGCAAGCCAAAGCAAGAACUCCAAGAAGCAAUCCACAAUAGCUACUCCACUUCUCUCCAGCACCAAGAGUGCCUUCUGAUGUACUGCGAUGGAUGCCAAACGGAAGAGAAAAAGUCCAGCAUGGACAUACAUGGAUCAAACAUCACCCACCAUUGUCACAUGUCUCAUAUGUAAAAACUCCUUCUCCUAUUCGGGAAGCACGUCGGGAAUGAUGAGACAUAUACGAACAAAGCAUCCCAUAGAAUACUCUGAACUAAGCAUAGAGAGACCUGAUUCACCACCACAGCCUGGACCAGCACAACUUGGUGAGCCUGGACCAUCACAGCCUGGUGAGCCUGGACCAUCACAGCCUGGUGAGCCUGGACCAUCGCAACGUGGUGAGCCUGGAUCAUCACAACCUGGUGAGGCUGGAUCAUCCACGGCCACAUUUGCGGCACCACGGAGGUUAGUCCAACGCCAACAAACUCUUGCAAAUGUCAUCACCAGAAGGCAAGCAUACCCAGCGGAAUCAGCAAAGAAAAAACACCUUGAUUCUCACCUACUUAAAAUGAUAGCUAUUGAUAUGCAACCUAUAUCAUUGGUUGAAAAUGAAGGAUUCAAGGAAUUUGUAAAGGUGCUCGAUCCGCGCUAUAUUCUUCCUAGUAGGAGGGAGCUCAUGAGGACACAUUUUCCUUCUCUCUACGAAAAUCAAGUACAGCAAGUGCGAAGUGAAUUGGAGGGGGCCAGUUUUGUCACUCUCACUUCUGAUCUUUGGACCUCAAGGCAGACUAAAUCAUUUCUAAGUGUGACUUGCCAUUUCAUAUCACCAGAAUGGGAGCUGAAGUCAAGGUUACUGGCAACAAAGAGACUAAUGGUAGACCACACAUCACAAAACAUUGCAGAUGCACUGAUAGAGAUAUGUGAGGAAUGGAACGUGAUGGAAAAAGUAUAUUGCAUAGUAACAGAUAAUGCUGCCAAUAUGAUAAAAGCAGUGAAAGACAUCAUAAAAACAGGACACAUUGGAUGCUUUGCUCACACACUGAAUCUUGUUGUUCAAAACGCAAUAAAGAACACAGGGGAAGUGAAGGAGGUGCAGGACAAAAUCAAAGCCAUUGUCUCAUUCUUUCACCAUAGUGUGAAAGCUUCUGAUAAGUUAGGUGCAUUGCAAGUACAACAGGGAACAGAGAAAAAGAAAAUAAUAAUAGAUGUGGAAACGAGGUGCCGCGAGUUUGGGAUCACACUCAACAAGGACAAGUUCGUGGUCGCCGCACCUGAGGUGAACUUCUGCGGCUUCAAGCUCUGA